AUGGCGGUACCGCAGAGAAAGUCAUGGCUGGCCGCGCAGUUCACCACACGAAAGUUGAUCUUCUACAUCCUCUUCCACGGACUACACAUCUUGCUCUUCAUUAUCGGCUGGUACGUCCAAGCGAAUGACCAGCGCCUCGCACCCCUCAAUACCCUGGAGUUCAGUGUGUGGUUCUCAAGAGGUGCUGGACUGAACCUCUCCGUCGACACAAUGAUCAUCCUCUUCCCCAUGUGCAGGAACAUCCUCAAAGUCAUACGGCCAAAGAUCAGAUGGCUUCCCUUGGACGAGAGCCAGUGGUUUCACCGACAAUGCGCAUACAGCAUGCUCAUGUGGACGAUCGUACAUGUCAGCGCACACUAUGUCAACUUCUUCAACGUGGAAAGGUCGCAAGUGCGAAAAGAGGCGGCGGUGCAAAUCCACUACAUGCAGGCAGGAGGAAUCACAGGACAUGUCAUGCUGCUAUGCAUGCUGCUCAUGUUCACGACUGCGCACGCCAAGAUCCGACAGCAGAGCUACGAGACGUUCUGGUAUACGCAUCACUUGUUCAUCCCUUUUCUGCUGGCGAUGUAUACGCAUGCCACAGGAUGCUUCGUUCGUGAUUCGCUCGAGCCGUACUCUCCGUUUGCGGGACACAACUUCUGGAAUCAUUGCAUUGGAUAUGAGGGCUGGCGAUGGGAGCUUGUCGGAGGUGGACUCUACUUGUGUGAGCGGCUGUACCGGGAGAUUCGAGCAAGGCGGCAGACGGAGAUCAUCAAGAUCGUGAAGCAUCCAUACGACGCCGUAGAGAUCCAAUUCCGCAAACCCAGCAUGCGGUACAAGGCCGGGCAAUGGCUCUUCAUCAACGUGCCCUCUGUCAGCCAAAACCAAUGGCACCCUUUUACAAUCACCUCCUGCCCCUUCGACCCCUACAUCAGCAUCCACGUCCGUCAAGUCGGAGACUUCACACGAGCACUUGCCAACGCCCUCGGAGCAGGACCAGAGCAACAAAAGCUGUACGACGAACUGGAUCCCAUGGGAAUGUACGAAGUCGCGCUCCAAAACGGCCAGGAGAUGCCGAAACUUCGAAUCGACGGGCCUUAUGGAGCGCCCGCAGAGGACGUUUUCGACAACGAGAUCGCCAUCCUCAUCGGAACCGGUAUUGGCGUGACACCCUGGUCAGCGAUCUUGAAGAGCAUCUGGCACAUGCGAUUGUCGCCCAACCCACCGAAGCGAUUACGCCGAGUCGAGUUCAUCUGGGUCUGCAAGGACACGACUUCCUUCGAAUGGUUCCAAGCCCUCCUCUCCAGCUUGGAAGCGCAGAGUAUGAGCAUGAGCGGAGGUGUGGGCCAACAGGAGUUCUUGCGCAUCCACACAUACCUCACGCAGAGGAUGGACGCGGACACGGCACAGAAUAUCGUGCUGAAUUCGGUGGGAACCGAUAAGGAUCCUCUCACGGAGCUCAAUAGCAGGACAAAUUUCGGGCGUCCGGAUUUCAAUCGUUUGCUUGUGGCCAUGAGGGAAGGGAUCCUGAAUCAGUCGUACAUCGCCGGUCUCGAUCGCGGAGGCAGGACUGAUGUCGGUGUGUACUUCUGUGGUCCUAAUGUUGCCGCAAGGGAUAUCAAGAAGGCGUGUAAGGAGGCGACGGUUCGACAGGUGAACUUCCGGUUCUGGAAAGAGCAUUUCUGA